CACUGAUUGCUGCGCUGUCUCCUUUCUCUGCCUCAGCUCCAUGAUGGAUAUCGCCUCGGCUGCUACGUAGCCCCGGAGUGGGAGGGACUGCCCAUCUUCCAGCAUUUCCAUUGGUUUUACGGUCCGCACGGUGGAGAGGGGGGUGCCGCUAAUCAUAUCCAACAUGUUUUGUACAAGAAAUGUCAGCCAGAAAGGGCUAUCUUCUCCCUUCGCCAAAAUACACCACAAUAAUGUCAUGUUCGGACAGCCCGUCAGGAAAUGCGUUUUUAGUGGAUUCUCUGAUCGGUGGCCGCACGGAGAGCGGCGGAGGUCACUACACAGGGAGCGCGGUGUGCGUGCCUCAUAGCACUGCUACAGAAGUGCCUUACGGACUACACAACUAUGGAUACUUCCCAGGUAUGGGUAAGCGGAGCGAGCUGGGCGCCCAGAAUAUGGUUUCAGCCUCAGGUGCGUACAUGUCCAGCAUGGAGAUGUGGAUGGACGCGCAGAGGUCAUGUCGAAUGGAUCAAGAGCACCCGGUAGGUCCCCAGGUCGCGCCCUGCUCGUUCCCGCAGAACAUUAAGGAAGAGAGCACCUACUGUCUGUACGAGCAGCCGAAGUGCCCUAAAGCCUCAACCGCCGAAGAUCUGACAUAUUCGAGAUUGACUCCAGCCGGACUCGGCUCGAGUUCUUGUACAGUUACUGAUGGCGGCGGCGGGGGCUCAGUGCCUGUGCCGGGCUACUUCCGCUUGUCUCAGACGCACGCACAUUCUCAUAAACUUUACAACACCAGCGGCCCCCAACCGAACCCUUCCCAUUCCCAUUUUGGCUUACACCCCACUGCUACUGCUCGUUUCCACACGCCACCAACCUCGACUUCUGCUCCAGCCACGGCGCAUGAAGAACGGAGAACCGAGGAGCCCGUGUCCUCGGCGAAAGCAGACGUGCAGCCUCACGCUGCACCGGGGGCCGAGGCGACAAGAGAGUCCUCGGAUGCAGAGGCGUCCUCAGCAGACGAGGCGGAGGUGAAUGACAAAGAGAGACCAGCAAAGACCACUAAAGGAGAAAAAAAAAGUGAAAACACGGCCAACUGGCUGACGGCGAAGAGUGGCCGGAAGAAACGCUGCCCAUACACCAAGCACCAGACACUGGAGCUGGAGAAAGAGUUCCUCUUCAACAUGUACCUGACCCGAGAGCGCCGCCUAGAGAUCAGUAAAGGCGUCCACCUGACGGACAGACAGGUUAAAAUCUGGUUCCAGAACCGCAGGAUGAAACUGAAGAAAAUGACGCGGGAGAACCGUAUCCGGGAGCUCACCUCCAACUAUGGAUUUUCGUGAUGAACCAAGAACGUGAUCUCACUGAAACAGAGGCAAGAAUUGGUGAAAUCAAAAUACAACACCCCCCCACCCCUACCCCCAAAAAAAUUUCCACUUCUCCAUCUCCCCUCACCACUUGUCCACAUGACUCGUUUUGACUGUGGGGUUACAACUUUCUUUUUUUUCCCAGACACGCGUAAUGUCAGUACAUCGUCCUCUGUGAGCUACUGAGAAAAGACGGAUGUUUAAAAAAAUGUAAGAGGUACCAUCUGAUUGUUUUCUGAUGUUGUGUUUUUUUGUAUCGUCGACACGUAUCUGUCACUUCUGUCGUAUGUUUGGAUUGUGUCGUCAGUGGAAUUGAAUCCAUGCAGUUGAAACACACACACGCACACGCACACCCACACACACGCAGACACACACACACACACACACACAGACACACACACACACGCAGACACACACACACCCACACACCCACCCACUCACACACACAAGCACACACUGUGAAAGUGUUUGAUUUGUCCACUUUCUCCCCCACCGCUGAACAAUAACACUUUCCCCCAAAUUUAGUCCAACAAUUAUGAAUUUAUUUUAUUUUAAUUGGAAUUGCAUGAUAUAAAGUUUUCUUAUUAUUUUGAGAAUUAAUUUUUGAACCACUCUGGAAUAUAAUACCCAUGUAUCACCGAGGAAAGAGUAAUUCAUUAGGGCCAUUAGAUGUAGUCCACCAUGAUAUAGAACUAUUCUACGUAUGAGCUAAAUGUAUAAACUGGAUCUUUAAUCACGUUGACGUUUACACACACAAAACGGUGCGUAAAGUGAAGGAGAACUGUUUUUACUGUAUAUUUCUGUGUACAUAUGACAUUGUGUUUUUGUGUAAUGCUUAAUAAAUUAUCAGCUCGCAUUAAGGAGUAGCUGUUUGCAUUUUUGUAGCGUGGGGGGUUCUAUUUUCCAGGAUAAGUUUUAAAUGCUUUGUUUUGAAAUUCAAAUGUCCAAAAAAUAAUACGUGCUCCAACACUGGGGAUGGGAGUUGUUUUGUGAACCAGCUCAGAAAUGUUCUCAGGGGCUAAAGUAAUGGCCAUCGGAAAUAAUUAAGAUAUUAGGCUAUAAGCCGUCUAGCUGCAUGCCCAGCCGGCUAUUGUAGAGUUUUAUGACUGGCUGGUAUAUGAGGUUUCUCCCUCUCCUCUAAGAGCAGCUUCAGUCGUGGGAGAGCCUCUCAGACGGAGAGGAGGCCCGGCUCUCUGCUAGAAAUCCUUACUGUACAGAUGCGCAAUGUGGAUAGAACAUUACCUUCUGCUUUACUUCGGAAUAGUAGGAUUAACGCUUCUGGGAGCGGGUAAGUGCAUUCUUCAUUGUGACAAUUGUCUAUUUUUGCGCCUUGUUGCAACGGCUUCACUUUAGUGUUGUGCCACACACUUGCACUUUCUCAGAACAGACGCAUUUGUGGACGCUCGAUGACGGAACCGACGACCAC